CAGCAGUGCACUGCAUGCAUGCAAAGCAAUGGUAUUUUGGACCUUGUGAGGAAAUGGUACUUUACGUGUAUUUUGUAUGGCAGCUUUCGUUGUUUUGGAAUCUUAACCUGCAUGAGCUGCUCCCUAUGAACACUUAAUUUUGCCGCAAACAACAUCACUGUGGCGGUUGCCACCUGAUACCUUGGAAUCUAUUGCUUUUCUGAAUUGUAGUUUUGGGAAUCGACAGGAAAGAUGAUCAAAAAAAGUGACAUUAUGAGGCGGCAGAUGAACCGUCUGAAACAGCGGGCGAACCAGAACUUGGGAAGAGCGGAGAAAACAGAAGUACUGAAUGAUGAAUUAUUACAAUGUGAGAAACGGACGGAACAUAUCAAGCACACAUGUCAGAACAUCACAAAGAAGCUCUCAGGAUGUCUUAUCGGCUCAGGCACAGAUGUGGAGAAAAGAACGAAAAAGCUUCCACAUUCUGUGCUAUCACAGAGUAUGGGUGAAAUGAGCACAGAGUUAGGUGAAACUACAUUACUGGGAUCUAUGUUGGUGAAGACUUCAGAAGCAUGUGCUAACAUAGCCCAGGAACUCACUAGUCAUGAAAUGGGUCUAGAAAACCUGAUCCUCAUUCCAUUCAACUCAGUCCUAGAGGAAAGCAUCCCUCAAAUCCAGAGCAAUAAAAGGAGAUUAGUCAGACUGACUCUGGAUCUGGACUCAGCAAAAACCAGGUUCCACAAUGCUUCCAGGCAAACAGGAUUAGGGAAAGGCAACUUCCAGGAGCAAGCAGCCAAGAUAGAUGCCAUCAAGGAAGAACAGGAUGAUGCCCAGACAAAAGUAGAACAAUGCAAGGAUGCAUUAGUGACGGACAUGCUGAAUCUAGUCUCCAAAGAAAGUCUUCUGUCCAGGAGUCUAAUGGAUAUGGUAGCAGCCCAGGCCCAGUACCAUCGCAAUGCCCUGGCCAGACUUGAGAACAUGGUUCCCAAGAUGAAGGAGACCCUGGACCGGGACCAGCACAAGCCCACGUUUGGGACCCACCUGGAGGAGCACCUGAGGCUCCAGGACCGGGAGAUCGCCGCCCCCAUCGAGGUCCUCAUCACGUGGCUCCUGGAGCUGGGCAUCGAGGAGGAGGGGCUCUUCAGGUUGGGCGGGGCCCAAUCAAAGAUGAAACUUCUCAAGGCUGCGUUUGAUGCCAACAUAGAACUUGAUUUGGUGGACUUUGAAUUCCAAGAACACUCCAUUGCAGCUGUACUAAAGCUGUAUUUGAGAGAACUUCCAGCUCCUCUAUUGACCUUUGACCUCUACACUGACUUCAUCGAAGCCGGCAGCCAAAAGGAUCCUAAUCAGAAGAAGGAAGCGUUGAAGAAGGUCGUCAGUAGGCUCCCAAAGGCCCACUUUGAUAACUUAAAGUACCUAUGUCGAUUCUUGAAUCUGGUUGCUGACAAGAGUGAUAAGAACAAGAUGACGUCCUCCAAUCUCUCUCUCGUCAUAGCGCCCAACAUGCUCUGGUCGGAAAAGGAUGACUUAGGCAUUUUAUCUCCGACCUCCAGGACAUCGCUAGCAGCAGCGCCAGGCAUCGUCGAUUCCUUCAUCACACAUGCAGAAUGGUACUUUCCCGGAGAGAUGGAUUUCCCGACGCCAUUGCCUCCAACAACACCCUCACCGAAAAGCAACUCGUUUCCAGACACCAACUCGUACCCGCUGAAGAGCCCCGACGGGACCGCGCCUUCUCUGGUACCUGCAUCCAACACCACAUCAACCCAUUCCAUUCCUUCAUCGCACCCUCCCCUAGGGCCCCCACCCGGUCCCCCUCCAGGCCCUCCGCCCAACCCCCCUACAGCCAUUCCACCCCCUCCCUCUCAGACAGCACCUUUGGUCACCAUAGACGGCGUCGGUCCUCCCGCACCGGCUGACAAACCCCUCAGAAAUUCCACACUUCCUAGGAAGUCAGUGAAAAGAGUCCACGCCCCUCCCCCACCCGUCAGUGUCUCACCGGUCCCCUCCCCGACGAACAGCCUGACACGGAACACCCAACCCCCGGGAGCCCCCCAGCCAUCUAAUCAGAACACUCAAAACAAUCACAAUAGUCCUGAGUUAACAAGAAAACUAAGCGACGCGAGCUCGCUUUCCACGAAUGGCACGGUAACCAAACCGGAGCGCCCUCCCGACAAGCCCCCCAUCGCGGGGAAGCCCCCCAAGAGCGAGAAGCCGAUCGUCUCGUGGAAGCCUGUCCCCGCCGACAAACCACCCGUCACCGACAAACCCACCAAGCCCGAGAAGCCUGUAGUUCCAGUACCUAGUCCUACCAAGGAGCGUCCGGGGUCAGGGCGGGACAGUAUCGACGGGACGGGCCUGUCUCCGAACCCCCCUUCACCAAAUAGCAAACCAAAAUCGGCAGCGAUUCAAAGGCCUACGAUGUUACCCCCUCCUCCGCCACCUACUGCAUUGGAAAAGAAGGAUGGUAUAAAUACCCAAAGUAGUUUUGAUACGGACUUGUGACAAGGUCAAGCCACAAUCUAGCUAUAUUUAGAGAUACUUUCAAGUUGCCACACUUAUUUUUACUUCAGCAUCACUUCAUAGUUGUCCAGAUUACGUAUGCGAAGAACACAUCUAGAUCCAGUCAACCAAUAUCACCAACUUACUGAGGAUGGCAAGACUUUACCGGCUCUGUAUGACUUAGUCAGUAUUUUUGACAGGUUCAAGAGUCGAUUCUUCACAUUGUUGGGAUAUUAGUAUACUUUCAUGAAAGAAGGAAGAUAUUGUUUCUCUUUUAAGGUAUUUUGCAUUUUUCACGAUAAACUAUGUAUAAGGGUAUAUAUAUAUGCUAGGAACACGGUAAUGCACAUGGCAGUCAACUUGUGCAAAUCAUUUUGACAGUGUAGGCAAAUUGGGCAAUCUUUGUUAUACCUGUGAACACAACUGAAUCAUGUCAUGAAGAUAUAUAGUUGAUGAAUAUACUGAAUAUACUAUGUGUACAGAAAUAUGAAACUAUAUCUUUUGAGAUCAAAUAUUGAUGUUCAUGUUACAUGUAUGUGAGAUAUUUAUUGAUAAUAGAUUGGGGUCAUGCUGCAUAUGUUUUAGGAGUGUAUUUUUGUUGGUAUCUUUGCUUUUGGUUUUGUUCAUGCAAAUAAUUGUUGACAAAUUUGACAAUCUACAUGUAUAGAAUUUGAUGUUAUUUUCACGACUUUUGUUUCAUAAACCUGCUUAUUGCUCCCACCCCUGCCAAAAAAAUAAAAUAUUGGAGGAUCAAGGUGAGUUGAUGGCUCUUCAAGUUCAUCAUCUCCAUUAAAGAAUACCUACCGGUAUACAUGAUAGUUAUUUCAUUUCAAGCUUGCUUACUUUCAAACAUUGAAGGUGUGCACCUGUGUUCUUUAAAUACAUCUCAAGGGGAAAAAUACUGUGCAGCAUGGCCCUGUACUUUCUUCUCAUUUCUUUAUAUAAUACAUUUCAUAUCCAAGUUUUUCAUGGUCUGGAAAAUGGGUAUUAUGUUGGAAGUGUUUUUCUACAAAAUUUUGAAGUGCUUUUAUCUUUUAUCAUCUUUAAUUGGAAGUGAUUGCAAAGAAGUUAUGUGUACUUUUCCCCAUGCUUAAUCCAUAAUUCUUUACAUAAGGAAAAAGCCAAUUUAUGUUCAUAUUGCAGAUUUAUUUCGUUUUAAAGACUCCUAGCUGACAUUCGCAUCUAUGAUCUAUCCGUUUUACUUUCAUCAAAUGGUAACAUUUUCUGGAAGAUUAGUGUACUUUUGGUAGAUUUGAGGCAAACUGAUGAUUGACAAUUUUUUUUACCUUUCACAUAUAUAGAGGGAGUUAUAUACCAUUGCUGUGGUAUGCAAUAUUGGACAAUCUGUUUAUUAUCCAAAGUUAAAGUGAAUCUUGGGUACUGGUAAUGGAUUGAACUAUCAAGUGGAAGCCGAUCUUCUAAGUUUUUCGUGCAGUAAAUGCGUUGUUUAGACCAGCAAAAUAUCAACAAACUAUUAAAAAGUGUCUCGAAUUUUAUUCACAGCUAAUCACAACUCGUAUUUGGAUGCAGGGCCGACCUCAUGUUAUGCGCGUGUAUGGAGACUACUAAUUCUAUUCUGAUCUUACAUGCAGAUUAUAUCUCAGAUAUAAGGCUAUUCCAUGCAAUGUGUAUCACAUGACAAACAACUUGAAUCAACAUGUUUCAUUCAGAAACGAAAAUAUCAUGAUUUGACCAUUCACACAUGGUUCCAUCGAUAUCACUACAUGUAUGAUUAGUCAGGGGUCAUGGCGUGAAAUUUUCUUUUUCGAGAUAAAAUGUACGGAUAAAAGACAUGUGAAACGGGACGUGUGGCGCAGAAUCGCUUUAUUCUUAUUUUCUACCAAAUUCAAUCGUCAUAUAAAAAUGUAUUUGUAGUCUUGAUAUUCAGUGUAAAUUAGAUUCAUAACUCAAGAUUAUCUUUAAAGACAUCGAUGCGUUGAUUUCAUCCCCGUCACAAUAAUGGCACAUUCCCAGCAGGAUACUAAACAAUGGCCAACUUUGGCGCAUUCCAUUUUAUGAAUAGGAGGCAAUAUAUAAAGCUGAUGAAAAAAAUGAAACUAUUUUCCUUCAACUAGUGUAAGGUAAUUUCGCACACUGUAGAAGCAGGUGUUAUAUUUUUCUUGUGUACAGUUAUCUACGUUAAGUAAAAUCAUUGAAAGUGUUUGUGGGUCUCUUACAUGAAUGUUUGGUAUUUUAAAUGUUUAGAUAAUUAUGAUUUAUAGCAUAAGGCUGGCUGGUACCAUGCAAUUCUCCUGUUUUCUAUGAAAACAAAAAUUCCUUUGCUAUUCUUAUGUUUAUGUUAUCAAUUAUAUGCUCUUUCAAACACCAUAUUAAGCCACCCCACAAAACAGAUGCAGCAAAAUAAAAGUCACACGUCACACGUUGGAAACCAAGUCAAUGCGCUUUUGCCCUUUGGUAAGGCAUUAAUCCUCAUUACCAAGUCCCUUGGAGAGGACUUAAAGCCAUCUGUCCCUUGGUUGCUUACCUACAAGCAUAUACAUGGUUUCUUAGCAGGCAAGUUAACAAUCAUCAACCAUCAAAUGAAACAGGGAUGGGAAGAAGGUACCUGUAUGUAACAUAGGGCCUCAAGUGUGCUCCCAUAUCUCUGUAUUUUACUGGUCUGUUUGUUUUACAUGACUGUUAAGAAAGCAUGUUUGCAAGUAAGCUACAAGGAGACCAAUAGCUUUUAAGUCCUGUCCUACGAACAUGGUAAAGAGGAUGGAUGCCUUACCAAAGUGCACGAGCGCAUCGACCGGGACGUCCCUGUUCCGAAACUUCUGCUCUACCACUGAGCUACCGUGCCUGUUAUAAGGUACAGGGAUGUGAAGCGCUUUAUUCUAGUGAAAUUCAUUUUGCCACUGCAGUUAUUUUUUUUUUUUUGGGGGGGGGGGGGGGUUACCAUUUCAUAUGUUAAAGAAGGCUUACCUGUAUGUGUUGAGGAAGAUGUGGUUUAUCUUGUUCCUUUUUAAAGACUACACUUUGCCAAGAGAGAAAAAAGUUGAUUUAGUUCAGUUUGUGUCUUCCCCAGUAUACAUUGACAUUAGUUACAUUUACAUUUUAGAAAACAAUCAUUAGAAUCCGGGAGAAGAUCAAGAGGUUUAGGAUGUUGAAUCUCAUUUUGUUUGACCUUGUUCAUUACCGGUAAAUUUAAAGGCCAGGUUAAACCCUACACAAAAAACUUUUGCUAUAACCUCUACCAAUAUUACUGCUGAGUACUCACUUGAAAUCAUAUUUACCAAAAUGCCCAACUCACACUCCCCCCCCCCCCACACUCACACUCACACACGCCCCCCCCCCCCACACUCACACACACACACACACGCAUCCCCCCACUCACACACACACAUGCGCCCACAAACUUUAGCCCACAGGGUCAGGAGGAGGAGCUUGAUUGUUUUAUAUAUUUACUCCUUAACUUGAGUUAACAUUUUUCCUACAGCCAUCAUUCAGUCUUUAACAUUCUGUAUAAGUUAGAGUGAAUCAUGCGUCUAAAUUUUAUUCUGAGGAAAUAAUGCAUUUUCCAUCAUUACCAGAUGUUAUGUUACCCCGUCAAUUGUGUCGCUUGCCUGUUUUGCAUACCGUCUGUUUGGAGCCAGAAGGGCGUUAACUCUGUAAAUUUAUACGAGUCAAGGCCCUUGUAUCUCCAAACAGACAAAAUAUUGCAAAGUUAACUCCAGAAUAUAUCCUCUUGCCUUGCUGAUAAAGUUGAUUGUCUGUGGAAAGUUAUCUAAAUGCACAUGCAGCACCCUAUCUAGUUACAAUCUAUGUAAAAAAA